AUGAUAUCUAUAACUGCCUUCCCCCGCUGGUACUCCGUCUCACUUUGCCUCGCCCUGUUCCUCGCCCAGCUUUUCACGCGGCCCGCCUGCCUCCUGGUCACCGGAGGACUCGCCUUGAUGGCGAGCUUGCCGGGUCAUAUCCUUUCUCUUUGUACCUCAGCCUCCACCCUCUUCGUUGCCCUCGCCGAAGGUUUUAGUACCAUCAACGCCGCGCUCGUUCUAGUGAUGUGCGUCUACCCUGUCUUGUACUGCCUGACACUCGGUACCGCUGGCGAUUCCGAUUCCCCGUCGGCGGACUCUCAAUGGCGCGGCACCACCACUAGCACUCCAGAAGUCAUCCCUGACUUCGAGCCAUCCUGCAAAUAUCAGAAGUGGACAAGGAGGACUUUCUCGAAAGGCGGGAUGUCACCCAUCACCCCGCCUGCUACCCCGCCACGCACCACUGGAACCACUGGCAGCACUUCUUCAGCAAGGACUUCCGACUCUACCUGGAACUAUGGCGACUCUCUGGGGGGACACGGAAUCGGACAUGGACACGGAUAUGAAUAUUAUGAGUAUGGACAACGGCGAGUCCGCCCUCUCACCAGCACCUCCCUGCGUUCUGGCGACCGAUGGACCACUCCUUCUCAAAAAGGCGGUCCCCUGGCUUCGUCGACUCCUGGCACUCGGACCUAUCUUGCCUUGAAGCAGGCCUAUAUCACCGUCCGCCCUACGCCAAUCCCAACAACUCUGGAUCCGGGCUGUGCACCACCUGUCCCCAAGCCAUCCCUUCAACCACCUUCGCUUCCUCAGCUACCGUCUCCUGCCCAGUUACCAUCUCCUCCCCCGACGCCAGUUGCUCUACAUGUUCCAGUUAAGGUCAAGACCGCGCCUACCUUUGUAUCUAAGAAACCCACACGGAUCGCACAGAAGGCUCUCCGUGCCGCUCCUUUCCGAUACCAGAAGCCUUCGUAUCUGGUGCGCCAGUCGAAAAGGACAUCCCGCUCUGCACGCCAUCCUACUUCUGGUCUGCCUGUGCCACUGGCUGUCUCCCCUGCCCAAGAUGUGGGCUCGCCCAUGAUUGUCGAUUUUGAAGACAAACCUCUGGUGCUUGCUGAUCAUCUCGAGUUCUCAUGUACACCAUUGUCUUGUGCGGAAAAGUUCCAACAUGUGUCUUUCGCUCCCCUCGUCAAGAUGGCGUCCCCCAUCAUCGGACAUGAUACACGCGAUAGAGGUCUGGCACCUUACUUCCACGAUUUUACCAUGGAAAUCGACCAGGAUUCUGACUCGAGCGACGAUGACGACUCCGAUGACGACUCUAUGGACGUGGACCCUCCCCGGCCUGUGGAAUCUGGCGAUGUCGACAUGGACGCCUGGGACCAUCCUCCGGUGGAGAGCCCCCUCGUAGGGUAUACUUACGCGCCUUCCCUUCGACAUCGGUUCUCUGGACUCUACAUCAGGCCUUCCUGCGAGGACGAUCACAACAUGGCCGUGGACAAUCAUUGA